CCGUAACCCUCCCGUUGGUCUCCGGCAGGAGGGAGCGUGCACGAAACUGGACGAAGACAUCCUGGACAUCCCCUUGGACGAUCCCGACGCCAACGCGGCGGCCGCCAAGAUCCAGGCGAGUUUCCGCGGCCAUAUGACCCGUAAGAAGAUCAAAGGGGGCGAGAUCGAGCGGAAAACCAAGGACGCCGAGUGCGCCAACAGCACCCGCGCCGGCGACCUG